CAGUCGACGUCGAUACAGCGGUUAUAGAUCUGAUGGUACCUGAGAUCUAUAUAUCGAAAGGGUGUUUUCCAACCUUUAAAGAGAGCGGCUCUCAUUUUAGGCCUGUGGAUUGGCCCCAAGGAUUUCAGUGAUUCAUGGAGGCGGUUGUAGCUCGUACAGUACGUGAACAACUACUUCCAACGUUCAUCUACCCGUCACUACUGCUGCAGUUGUCAAAACAGGUGAACUCAUCAACGAAAUCCAUCUCCUUGUAAUCCAACAUUAGGAAGUUAUUAAUUAUUGGGUGGCCUUACAACAGGAUCGAACUGUCGGUACUUGUCCCUACAAUCGCGCUGUGCAAACUUCGACGGCCUGCACUACACGGGUGAACGUUGAUUUUUGCUGGAUUUCAGACGCCAGCUAUUAUCCUUGAUCCGACCUGUAUGUCCGACGACGCAGGUCUUCCCGGUGUUACUGCAACAGCAACAGCAUCCACAUCUCUUGGUUCGGUUGAAACCAACAGCACCACUUCCGAGGCCUCUUCGACCAUGCAUCAGAACCCCAGUUCGAUUAACGAUGCGAGCACACAGCAAACGAACACUUCUACCCCAUCACUCUUUCAGCUAUGCAAAAAUUCUGUAUCCGAUAUAGUUUUGCCUCCAGGUGAGGAAGAAAAUCGGAACAAAAUAGAACCGUUAGAACAAACAAGUUCUCCUGUUCUCGAUCUACCGUCAGCUGCCGCAAUCGAGGAUGGGAUCACAUCUUCACAAGAAUGCGAGUCAGCUGAGGUUGAAGAUGCCGAUCGCACAGAAGAAAUAGUGGAUGACGAAGACCCAGAAGAGGAGGAUGAAAUAGAGGAGGAGGACGACGACACUGAAUCUGUCGUUUCUCACUUAAUUUCCCCAGCUCUGGAGCAAGAACGAGAGAUGCGAAAAGCGGAAGAUCGCAAACUGUUGGCCUUGUUAGCGCAUUUCGAUGAGGAACAGUUGAACCGGUUCGAGGCGUUCCGAAGAGCCACCUUCGCGAAGGCGUCUGUUCGUCGGCUUAUGCAAUCCAUCACAUCAACCGCAGUAUCCCAAAGUGUGGUCAUCGCUAUGGCUGGGCUGACCAAAGUGUACGUUGGGGAAAUCGUGGAAAGGGCUUUGGAUUACAAAGAGAAGUUGGGCGAAACCGGUCCACUGCAACCGAGACACAUCCGAGAAGCGUUUCGGCAGCUUAAUGAAGAGAACAGUUCGUGUACCAGACCCACACCUAAUCCACUGUUUUGAUCGCCACCAAUGGGUAUGCGUCGCGUUUGGGCAAAGACCUGGCUUGGAUGCGGUGUGGGGUUGACCGAUCUCUUAUGAAUAUGCAUACAAAUUUUAAUAUUUUUUGACUUCACGAGAUAGUGUACUUCGUACGGGCGAGGGCGUUUUUGUACACCUUGUUGUAAAUAAAUUGUUGGCGGCGAUC